UCUCCCUCGCCCGCACACCAGCAGCGCGACCAAGCACCCCAUCUCCUUAGCUGUCGUUGCUGAGGAACCGUUCACGCAGGACCUCGCUGCAAACAAACAUACCUAGAACCUGGGCUCAGUCGGGGCACAUUGUUCUUCCUUGCCACCACCUCCAGCAAUGGCUCGCCGCAGACGCAACCACAAUUUCAAGAUCCACGUCGAUCCGUCGUGUUUGAGCGAACCCAUGGACGACGAGCCAGCCGAGGCAAAAGUCGGUGACGGCUCCGAGGAGCUAGCCGACUCGGUGCAGCUUACAAACGAGGUGACACCCGACGACCAGACGACAGCAGAAGCAGAAGAAGAAGGCCAAGAAGGACCCCAAGACGUCGACAUCGAGCAUCAAGAGCCGGGAGAGCAGGAACAAAGCAUACAGGCCGACCCUGAAGCCAGCCUGCUGUCUCAUAACGAUGGGCCCUUGGACCAGUCUGAGCACCAGUCAGAACUGACUGAAGAUUCCAACACGGAUGUGUCAGAGCUUGCGGACCUGCAAAACAGUGUGCAGGACGGCUCGCGCAUCGAAUCUAGUGAAGUCCCGGAACUAGACGUCUCUCAGGCUGAUGUUGAGGCCGAGACCAGCGUAGAUGUUUCUUCCAGCGAGCAGCUGUUGCCCAAGACUGUCGACUCGGAAGAGAGCGAGCCAGCUGAGGUUGAAAUGGCCCACGAGGAUGCCAGUAUGGCUCCUGAAGAAUCUGUCUCGCAUCAGGUCGACGACGACAUAUCUCACAUAAGCGAGGACGCCUCAAUGCUGCAGAGCGAGGUAUCGGGAGGAUCUUCCGACCCAUCUGCAUCCAGCACGGUUCGACCGAGCAUCGAGCAUGACGAUGAUGGCGAGCCUCAAGCCCAGGAUGAGCCAUCGCAAUCCCGCCGCACGUCUCAGAGAACCGAAGAGCUUAUCGCUGCUGCAGCGAGGGGCAUCAUCGCGCAUAUCGACCAGCACACCCAAAGUCGCCAUUCAGCCGAACAGGACAUUGAGGAGGACUCGAUCCUGAGCACCAGAACCGACCAGGAUGUCAACGAAGAGUCCUUCGCUGACGAUUCCGAAUUGGACCACAACAAUACCCACUCACACAUCUCCCGCGGGUCGUUGCCCAAGGAUGACGGCGGCGAGUCCAGCUCACAGCAUGAAGGAACGGAUGAAGAAGUCUUCAGUGACAAGAGCCCCAGGAGCUCGGUCGGCUCGUAUGAUGCAGGAUCCGAGUCAGGCAAGCGCAAGUCUUACACCGACGACCGAUCCACGGUGACCAGAUCUCCGAGGGUCUCCGACAUUUCGCAGUAUGACCGCGAGGAGUUCAUCCCAACAACUCGGAGCACACCGCGACCACGUUUCAGGACCACUUCAGAUGUCCGCGCCAUGCAGAUGUCGUCGCCCUCCGGAUCUGUUUAUGGUGGUUCGCCUCGCUCUCCUCGCUCACCCAAGAGAACCCACCCAACGGGCUCGAGGCUGGGCACGCCUACCUCAUCCACACAAUACUCACCAAAGAAGGGAUCAACGCCCCCGCGAUUCAAAGCCAUCAAGGAGGCACCUUUGGUUCUGCUGCACGUCACUCUGGUGCCUCUUCAUUGGGCGUGGGGUGAUCUUGUCAACAGCCUGGAGUCCAGCGAUCUCAGCGAUGAGAUGAAGGGUCUCCGUGACGCGUGGCGUGUGCUCCAGGAUCGUAUCGGUGACACCGUUGUCGAACGGGGAAUCCUACUCGGCCAUCCUCAAAACGACUACGAGCUGCUUGAGGAGAGACUGCUCGAGGCACUUGAGCUUCCUCAACGGAGACGUGCUCGAAUCCUCGAGUGCGGGCACUACCUUGGUCCCUCGAACGAGACAACGGUCAGCGAAUCCGAGGAAAGCGAGGACGAGUUCGGCUACCAGCGGCGGACGUCCGGAAACAACAAGCGCCACUGGUGCUCGACCUGCAGGAAUGAAAUCCGUCUUGAAGAGCUCGGCUCUUCGAGGGUUUUCCGCGUCAAAGUCUACGCCAGCAAUGGGCUCAUGCGUGCUGGAGCCUGGGCCGCUUGCUGGAAGGAGAUGGAGCGAGUUGAUGUCGAGAUCGAACCCAUUGUCGAAUCGUCCGUUCAGGACGAACUGGUGCGGCUGGCUGCCAUGCAGGAAGAGCGUGAGUUCACAGCCCGCGAGGAGCAAGAGAUUGCACGAGAAGUCGCACAGCGAUACGAGGAGGAAAAGGCUGCGGAGGAACAAGCUGCUUUCGCAGCGCGUGCUAUCGAAUACCACCCAAUGGAGCAACAAGUCAUUGCUGCUGUGCCCACACUGGAGCAAGAACAGAGCCGAAUGUCCCUGCCACCAGCAAUGCCAACCCAAUCUCACGAGCCAGAGCCCGUCAACUUCUAUCCAACGCCCAGCCCGCCCAGCGAGGAGUCAGCCAAGCCACGAGCCACUGCCCAAGAAGACGAAUAUGCUCCUCCGCCCUCACCGCGCUCCCCUUCGGAGGAAGCUCAGGAGCGGCGCGACAAUCGUAGAAAGCAGUUCCAGGGUGCCUCACUACCCGAGUUGCUCCUGGCGGCUCUAAAAGUGCUACUGCAGGACCGGAAGAACCUGGUCAUUAUCGCGCUGAGUGUUGUCGCGCUGCUGUUCGCACUGCGUACAGCUCCAUCAACACCCCUUCAUGAACCUCUCAUGCGGGAAGUUAUGGACACCGUACCCCAACUUCACGUUACGACAGCGGUCCACACGCAGCAGAUCAUCAGUCAGGUGCCUACCGCCGCCGUGGAGGCAGAGCCUGUGAUAGAGUCAGCGCUGAAGGCAGAUACAGCUAUUGCCGUUGAGUCGAGUGAGGCGCCACAAUCUGUCCAGCUACAGGAAGCAAAUGAAGUUGUGGCCAACGUUGCUGUCCCAGCUCGCGCUGAGCCUGUCACCAUCGACGUCAACCUCGAACUGCACCGUGCCGCCAGCCAGCCGCCACCGCAGGUCAAAAAAUCUAGCCCGUUGGAGUUGGAUGCCGAGCCCUUUACUCCAAAGCCAGACACAGGCUUGGAACUGGUUCAGUCCAGGUCCCGGAAGCCUGUCGUGCUGAAAGAAACAAUCAAGGUCUACCGCACCGUCACUGAAACCCAGGUCGAGUUCGAGACGCUUGUGGAGACGAUCAGGGUCUAUGCGACUGAGACUUACCAGCCGCAGCAAGCUGAGGCGACGGCAAAACGCUUAGAGAUUGGAGCAUAGUAGUUCGCAAGCACGCAUCCACGGACUGAUCGUUCAAGCGUGGUUUUGGGGUGUAGUAAUUGUGAGGGUAGACCAAUGGUGGAUGACGAACGAGGUUGGAAACGAUAUCUCAUGAACAUGUAAAUUGACGACUUGUAGCGUAGCGAAGUAUGAAUAACUAAAGCAUAUCUCUCCAAA